AAAGGUCAUUGUCCAACUUCUUAUAGUCUGCACUCUCUGUGAAAUCUUUUCUGCACAUUUCUUUCAUCUUUCAGACCAAGUAAAACUCAGGAACACUCCAGAUCUAUCGCAUUUUCAGCUACUUAGCGCUAACAUGGCCAGCAAGCAGGAACAUCAGGAGCAGGGUCUGGAUGGAGUCCAACUGGACUCUGAUCAGUUCUGUUGUUCAGUGUGUUUGGAUCUUUUUAAGGAGCCCGUCACCAUUUAUUGCGGACACAGUUACUGUCGGAGAUGUAUUGAGAGUUACUGGAAUAAGGAGGAAAAGAAGAGCGAAUACAGCUGCCCUCAGUGCCGUGAGAUAUUCAGCCCCAGGCCUGUUCUGAAAAAGAACAACAUCCUGGAAGAGGUUGUUGAGAAGCUAAAAAGAAGAAGCCCCCAACCACCACCUGCUCCUCUGACCUGUGACAGCCCAUCAGACAUGAUUUGUGAUUUUUGUGGGCCCACAAGAAACAAAGCCACAAAGUCUUGUUUGACAUGCCUGGCAUCUUACUGUGAUGCCCACAUUCAACCUCACUACAGUGUUCCUGUGUUGCAGAAGCACGAGCUGGUCUCUGCUACGAUCCCACUCCCAGAAAAGUUGUGCAAACAGCACAACAAGCUGAUGGAGCUCUACUGUUGUGUAGACAAGCAGCUCAUUUGCACAAUGUGCACAGUAGAUGAGCACAAGAGCCACCAAUUUGAGGCUGUUUCUGAGCUAAAGGAUAAGACUAAGAAAAACCUGGUUUUGGUUCAAAGGAGAAUCCAGGAGAAAGUCCAGCAGAGAGAGAAAGACCUAAAAGAGCUAUUACAAGCUGAGGAGGAUCUCAAGAGUUGCACUCAGACGUCGCUUCAUGACUGUGGCAAGAUCUUUGCCGAGCUGGUCUCCUCCUUGCAGAUAGGAUGCAGCGAAGUGGAGCAGCUGAUCAAAGCCCAAGAGGAAGCUGCCAUCGCUCAGGCUGAAGAAAUGCAGCUUCAGCUGGAAGAGGAGCUGGAAAAGCUGAGGAGGAGAGACGCCGACCUGCAGCAGCUGCUGAGUUCUGAGGAACUCGUUUAUCUGAUGCAGUCUCUCUCCACUUUAGAUGAUUCUGAAGACUUCACACCAAGUGUUGGUCUUCUACGUUCUUUCAGUGGUGUAACCAUCUGUGUGUCUCACCUUAGAGGAAAAAUAGAGACCAUGCUGAAAGAGACAUUACCCAAGAUCUCGGCCAUAGUCUCUUAUGUCGACUUCUCCUUACCACCACCACCCAAAACCAGAGAACAAUUUUUACAGUACUGUCGUCCACUCACUCUGGAUGAGACCACAAACUACCCCCAUCUCCACCUGAUCGACAACAACCACAGAGUGAGGCCUUCACCGAGCCAGUACGCUGCUCAUCCAAGCAGAUUUUUGAAGUUCCCACAGGUUUUGUGCAGAGAAGGUUUGACAGAGCGAUGUUACUGGGAAGUGGAGUGGCAUGCUCGCACCCUGUCAGCAGCUGUUGCAUACAAAGACACCAACCGAACAUCAGAUGAGUCACAGUUUGGAAAAAACGACAAGUCCUGGAGCUUAGAGUGCACAGAAACUGGUUGCUUGUUCCGCCAUAAUAAUGUAGAUGUGAUGGUACCAGAUGCCUGUUCCAAAAAGAUUGGUGUAUUCCUGGAUUACAAAGCAGGAAUUCUGAGUUUUUAUCACAUUUCAGAUCCAAUGGUUCUUAUCUUUGAAGUGCGGACUGCCUUCACCCAGCCUCUCUAUCCUGGGCUUGGACUGAACUAUGAAUGGUAUGAUAUUGGAGUAUUUGCACAGCUGGUUAAAUUAUGGUAGAAAAGUGUGUGUAGGUUCCCUUUCCACUAAUAUAAAGAUUUGGGAACUUUUUGAAGUGGAAAGCUGAACAGGAAAAAUACUCAGACUGUACUCCACUGAAAACGUGUUUUCAUGUUGAUGGUAAAACUGUUGGAAAAAAGAGAACGAAAAGUAAACAAAGAGAAAAAAAUAGUAUGUUUUCAUAUUUUUUCAUAUUCAGAGGCUGAUUUUGAUCCAAAAGCUUGGCAUAGUGACAAAAAAAAGAAAAACAAACUAAAAAAAAAUAAAAUAACAAACACACUUCAAGUUACUACAAGUACUACUGAAAACCAGUUCUGUUUGUGGACAUUUGACAUGACAGAAGUUGAAACCUACACAUCAUCAGCUCAUAUUGUCAGCUUCAGUGAGAAAUAAUGUGUAAUCAUCUCUGUGUUUAUACAGUGAUUCAUACGAAAUGAGCUGCUUGGCACGUUUGAAAAAGGAAUUUAUUCAGAUGGAAAUUGAAAGCUAAUUAAUCAGAUUUGUUUAUGUUGUGUGUGUGUGUGUGUGUGUGUGUUUUUAUUUGGAAACAAACAAUGUAAUGCGUAAUUUAUCAUUUCUUUUUUGUUUUCUUUAAAUGGCAUAAAAAGAUUUUUCCCACAAAAUUCUAAAAACCUGUUGUUUGCCUCUCUGCUGGAUUUUCAUGCAGUCAGUGCUGAAGUAGGAUAGCA